AUGGGGGCCGGCCAUGGCAUCAGGGUCCUCUUCGGCGUGGUCUCACCCUUCCUCGCAGUCCUCCUCCUCUUCGUCGCAAUGUACCACUGCCGGAAUCGCUCCUGCAACGGCGGCCGCGACAGGCGGAGGCGGUGGCUGGGGUGGAGAGGGCGGCCGUCGGGGGAGAAAGGGCAUGGGGGCGAGGGUGACGGCGAGGAGGAAGAAGCGGAGGCGGAGGAGCUUAUAAGCUUUCCAGGAGGGGAGGAUCUGACGGUCCACGCCAUUCUCGACGCCCCCGGCGAGGUCGUGGGCAAGUCCAACUACAGUACCUUGUACAAAGCCUGGGUUGGGGUCAGCUGCAGCGACGACGGAGGCGGCGGCGGAGGGAGCGGGCGGAGGGGGUCGCUGAUGCUACUGCGGUUCGUGCGGCCGGCCUGCAUUGGCCGGACGGGGGAGGUCCUGCCGGCGGUGCAGCUGCUGGGCUUCGUGAGGCACCCCAAUCUGGUGCCCCUACACGCCCUCUACGUGGGUCCCCGCGGCGAGAAGCUUCUUAUCCUGCCCUUCUUCUCCGGUGGCUCUCUUUACCACUUCUUGAAGGGUUAGUCCUGUUCUCCUGCUCUUAGAUGUCAUCAUUUAGAGUAUCAGAGGAGAAACCUGGCUCGUUCUUCUUCCCUUCUCGAAGAUGGCUUCAUCACCUCAAACUGUCGUCCCCUCCUUCUUCUCCUUCCGAUGAGCUUCCCUCUCCCCAGAAACCCAUGAACCUGUUCGCCCAUUGUCUCCCAUCGUCCUUGGGAGAGAAUCCAGCGAGAAACCUGGUUCAAUCCGUCCAAUUUGGGACUGGGUUCAUCAGAUUAUGCCAUGAUCCUCCCUGUUUUCUUCGAAUUUUUUUAAUGACAGGCCUUUUGACAUGCCUGCAGACGGGAGUAAGGAAUCCUACCAGUGGGAGCUCAUCCACCAGGUCUCAGUGGGCAUAGCCGAGGGCCUCGACCACCUCCACAACGGUCUGCCGCGUCCCGUCGUUCACGGGAACCUCAAGUCGAAGAACAUCCUCCUAGACGACAGCCGCCGGCCCCGCCUGUCGGACUUCGGCCUGCACCUCCUCCUGAACCCUAACUCCGGGCAGGAGAUGCUGGAAGCCUUGGCGGCGGAGGGGUACAAGUCGCCGGAGCUGAUGAAGAUGAGGGAGGCCAGCAAAGCUAGCGACAUCUACAGCCUGGGGAUCAUCUUCCUGGAGAUGAUCACCCGGAAGGAACCCAGCAGCGAGCUGGCCCCGCCGGCGAACCGCCGGUUGCCGAGCUCCAUCUGGAAUCCGGUGUUCGACGGGAAGGCGGCGGAAAUGCUCUGCCCUGAGCUCCUCCGGCGAUCGACCAAGGAGGGCUCCAUUAAGGAAGAUGGGCUGCUCGAGUUCUUCCAGCUGGCGAUGGCCUGCUGCUCGCCGUCACCUCUGCUGAGACCCGACAUUAAAGAUGUCCGCAGGAAGCUUGCCGACAUCGGCCGUCUCGUUCGCCCGCCGUCGUGA